UUCACUGGUGUGGGUAAGUGUAGACAGGUUGGAAUUUCUGAGAGUGGAAUAGACGAUGCUGUUCAGAAGCUGAUAGCCCGCGGGUAUGGAUAUUUUCUGUGUGACCAUGUGUGACCAUCCCAUGGAAACUUCUCACCAGUGUACAGAAAAAUGGCUCGGCCAAGAUACAAAGUUGCAAGAAUGGAACAAACCGAGACAGCUGAUCAAGUUUAGGCUAGAGGAGGAGCAAGUACUGUAAGUAUUUCUUGGGGCUUUGGGACAAAUUGUGUGCAGGUGUUGGUAUGGAUGUUGUGUUUGUGGGUGCGUUUUGCCAACUGACAAUUGUACUGUCCCUUCCCAAACUAGUUUUUCAUAUAAUAGUGCAAUGGAGAUUCUAUGUGCUUUUUUCCUUGUGCAACAUAUGUUUUGAGGGAUGAUAUUGUCAUUUUGGGCAUGCACCUUUAUGUGUUGUUCAAUAAGAUUUUGCUAUAUACCCUUGUAUAUAUGUGGUUAUUUGUGAUUACUUGUGGAGUAUAGGACUAUGCAGGGUUCUGUUCUGCUCGUAGCUAUGCUUAUAUUUGCAGGUGAUGGAGCGGAAAUUUGUUCAUGUCUUAACUCCAUCAACGACUUCGGAUGGCAACAUUGGAGCUCAUGCCAUUCAUCUUCUUGCUUUGAAAGAGGGAUGUUCCGGCCCAUAUGGUGGCAGUUCACCUGUUUAUGGAUUUGCCUUCCUGGAUUGUGCUGCUUUGAAAUUUUGGGUUGGUUCGUAAAGCGAUGAUGCUUCUUCUUCUUCAGCAUUGGGAGCUUUGCUGAUGCAUGCGAGUGACUUGACUUUCAUCCAUAUUGCUUUUCAUGAGCUUUUCAGAAAUGUGUGCGGUUGACUUCUUCUUUUGUGUUUCAGGUUUCCCCUAAAGAAGUGUUGUAUGAAAAUGAAGGCUCUUGAAACAAACUCAGCAAGCACUUAAAGAUUUGCUUCAACAGGUUCCACCUCUUUACUGUUGGGCCCUGUUCUACCAGGGACAUAGUUCGCAGAUGCCUCUGAAGUUGAAAAGUUGAUACAAUCAAAGCACUAUUUGAAGGAUCCUGUAACCCUUGCACUUCUGCUUUCGUUGACAUCAAGCACCCGGAGCUUGCAAUUAGUGCCCUCGGGGGACUUGGUUUGUCACCUAUCUAGGUUGAUGCUAGAUGAUGUUUUAAGAAAUGGAGAUGUUGCACCCUAUGACAUUUAUGCAAGAUGUCUACAAAUGGAUGGAUGGCCGAACUCUUGAGCUUUUUAAUAAUAAUGCUGAUGGUGGGAAAAAUAUUGAAGAAAUUAAUAUGGUGGAAAAUCUCAUGAAGCAUGUGGAUAUGAAUAUAUCCUCAUUACACAGCCUUUGCGCAAACUUCCUGACCUUGAAAGGCUGAUGGGCCGGGUUAAAUCUAUCGUCCGGUCAUCAGAUGUACUGUCCUUGCCCUUGGUUGGAAAAAAGGUGAAAGUGUUUGGAUCUCUCAUAAAAGGCCUCCGAAUUGGGAUUGGGAUGGACCUGUUGAAAGUCUUAUUGGUGUUCUCAACUAGCAAACUUCUUGGCUCCUUCAUUGCUUAAUGGCACUAAAAAUCUUGAUGUCCUUCUUACUCAAUUGGAAGCUGCUUUUGAUGAUGAUUUUCCUCAUUUCCAGGAUUGGUGGAUCUGGCCUGGACAUGAGAAGCAAAGCAAGGACUUUGUCUGGUCCUGUAUCUGACUCACGCAAGCUACCUAAGUGGAAUUAUGAUGGAUCAAGCACAGGCCAAGCUCCUGGAGAUGAUAGUGAAGUCAUCCUUUAUCCUCAGGCUGUAUUCAAGGACCCAUUCAGGAGGGGAAACAAUAUUCUGGUUAUGUGUGAUGCUUACACCCCUGGAGGAGGGCCAAUCCCAACUAAUAAAAGGUUUAAUGCUGCCAAAAUUUUUAGCCAUCCAGAUGUUGCAGCUGAAGUACCAUGGUAUGGUAUUGAACAAGAGUACACUCUCUUGCGGAAAGAUGUUAACUGGCCUCUUGGUUGGCCAGUGGGUGGCUUUCCUGGACCUCAGGGCCCCUACUACUGCGGAGUUGGUGCCGACAAGGCUUUUGGCCGAGAUAUCGUGGAUGCUCACUACAAGGCUUGCCUCUAUGCUGGUAUUAAUAUUAGUGGUAUCAAUGGAGAGGUUAUGCCUGGGCAGUGGGAAUUCCAAGUCGGUCCUGCUGUUGGGAUCUCAGCUGGUGAUGAAAUAUGGGUUGCACGUUAUAUUCUCGAGAGGAUCACUGAGAUUGCAGGAGUUGUUGUGUCCUUCGACCCAAAGCCCAUCCCGGGUGAUUGGAAUGGAGCUGGUGCUCACACAAACUACAGUACUAAGUCUAUGAGGGAAGAUGGUGGUAUUGAUGUGAUUAAGAAAGCAAUUGAGAAGUUGGGAUUGCGACACAAGGAACACAUUUCUGCCUAUGGUGAGGGCAACGAGAGGCGCUUGACUGGUCACCAUGAGACUGCAGACAUCAACACUUUCUCUUGGGGUGUUGCUAACCGUGGUGCUUCAGUUCGUGUCGGCCGUGAUACUGAGAAGGAUGGCAAAGGGUAUUUUGAGGACAGGAGACCUGCAUCCAACAUGGAUCCUUAUGUGGUCACCUCCAUGAUCGCUGAAACGACUAUUCUGUGGAAACCAUAAUCAUGCAAAAGAAAUGGAGAGUACAUAAUCAUGAGAGAGAGAGAGAGAGAGAGAGAGAGAGAGAGAGAGAGAGAGAGAGUAUUAUUAGUAAACUACUAUU